AUGCAGGCCAAUUACUUCGUCUGCACGCUUGGGCAAGCCGCCACCUUAAACAGCCGACCCAACCCAUACACGACAAUCGGCCAGUUCGUCGACUAUCAAGCGCACCACCAUCCAUACUUGCCAGCCGUUGGAUUUCCUGUUCCUCAUCCGGAGCAAGAGAAAUGGGACUAUAAGGUUCUGACCUUCGGAGAUGUCAACCAAGGCACGAAUGUGUUUGCGGAAAGACUACUUCAAGCGUUGCGUAGAUCGCCAAAAGGUCCCGAAACAGUAGCACUAUUGUGUCACAGCUCACCUGAGUUUCUGUUUACCUGGCUGGCUUUGAUGAGGCUGGGUUAUUCGGUACUCCUGAUUGCACCUCAAUGUCAGCCCGCUGCUAUCUUGCACCUUUAUCAAUCGUGCAGAGCCUCCGCUUUCUUCUAUGACAUUGCACAUGCAGAGCGAGCGCAGCAGACCUCCAGCCUGGCCAAGGAGGAAGCUGUGACUAGCUUCGACUCUCAUCUGUUGCCACUGCAGGAGGGAGAGGAUAUUUAUCAGGUGGCUAGCGAGACAGUAGACCCAAGCUUCGACACGCCUAGUUUGGAUGAGACGACAGUUGCCUAUCUACACCACACUUCUGGAACCUCGUCUGGUUUGCCAAAGCCCAUACCACAAUCCCAUCGCGCGGGGCUGGGUGUUCUUCCUCAUCUACCCCGGAUACCUGUAGUGGCAACCUUCACUACAACACCUCUUUACCAUGGUGGAAUUGCGGACCUUUUUCGAGCAUGGACCAGCAAUGCGCUCAUCUGGCUGUUCCCAGGCAAGGACGUUCCCAUCACGGCUCGAAACAUCUGCAAAAGCCUCGAAGUAGCCGCGUCAUAUUCUGUUACUGAAGGUCUUCCAGAAGUAAAGUACUUCUCUUCGGUGCCAUACGUGCUCCAGAUGAUGGAAUCUGACGAACAAGGUCUGGCUUUACUGCAAAAGAUGGAUAUCGUCGGCGUCGGCGGUGCAGCGCUACCAGCAGAGGUAGGCGAUCGGCUGGCGAAGAGUGGAGUGAACCUCAUCUCAAGAUUCGGUAGCGCAGAAUGCGGGUUCGUGAUGUCUUCAUUCCGCGAUUUCUCGGCAGACAGCGACUGGCAGUAUCUGCGAAAUUACAAUCCAGGAAAGCUCCUAAGCUUUGAACCACGAGAGGAUAACCUGGCUGAGCUCGUGAUCAGACCAGGCUGGCCACAUAUGGCAAAACAAAACCGACCGGAUGGCUCCUUCGCAACUGCGGAUCUAUUCGCACCGCAUCCCACGAUCCCGGAUGCAUGGAUAUACGACUCACGUGCUGAUUCUCAGCUGACCCUCAUCACGGGCAAGAAGUUCGAUCCUGCACCACUGGAGGAUGCCAUAGCUACGUCGCCCCACCUGGAUGACGUCCUGAUAUUCGGCACAAACCGACCUUACCCUGGAGCGCUGUUGUUACGAUCAGAACAAGCCAGCGGAAUGUCCGAUCAGGAAUUACUUGAUGCAGUCAAGCCUGCAAUCGAGAGAAUCAACCGUGAUAGCCAAGACCAUGCUAGAAUACCUUCUGAUAUGCUAAUUCCUCUACCGCACCAGGAUCCACUCGAGAAGAGCAGCAAGGGGACUCUGAUUCGUAGGGUGGCUGAAGCGAGGUUUGAGGAAGUCAUCAACCGUGCAUACGACGAGCAAGUCUCAGACGAGUCAUCCGACAUCUCAGAUGGACAGUUGCCGCAGCAUCUCAAAGGUCUUAUACAGUCCAUUACAUCUCAAUCGAUCGACUUGACAGAGGACAUGGAUUUGUUCUCGUACGGAGUUGACUCCAUCGCGUGUAUGCAACUCAGGACUCGACUUCGAGGUCUUAUACCGAACUGCGACAAGCCAUUGCCGAUGAGUGUCAUAGAAGACUGUGGUUCGAUCAAGCGUCUGACAAAUUACGUCCUACGGAGAAGACAUGGGGAGUCUGUUGUGGUAGAGGAGGACGAGAAGCAACUGAUGAAGGACCUAGUAGAAGAGUACGGCUCGUUUGACAAAAGCGCAUUGCGACCUGCAAAAAUUGGUCAGCCUAGGGACAGCAAGAAGGGCGAUGUUGUUGUACUGACUGGAGCCACUGGCGCUCUGGGGGCGCACAUCUUGGAUCUUCUUCAGAAGACUGCCACAGUCAACAGUGUUUACUGCUUAGUACGAGGGGCAGAUGAACAUGCAGCAAAGGAAAGAGUCAGCAAGGCUCUUGAGCAAAGAGGUCUGACAAGUAUCCUCGCACCUGGCAUGGCAAACGAUAAAGUCAAAGUGGUUCUCGCGCAACUCAGCGACAAACGUCUUGGCCUGAGCGAUGAACUGUACGAUCAUCUGGCAGAAGAAGCCACGUCAAUCAUCCAUGUGGCUUGGACCGUCAAUUUCCGUCUCAAGCUGAGGAGCUUUGCGAAGGAUAACAUCGCUGGUGUCAGAAACCUACUCGAUCUCGCCUUGAAGGCAGGUCGCGUUGAGCCUCCACGCUUUGCAUACUGUUCAUCCACAGCUGCCGUCAUGAACGGUGAGCUAGAUCAGUCCGGCUGCUGGCCUGAGAAGCUUUUGUCCGACCCGUCCUCAGCGUCUCCACUUGGCUACUCACGAUCGAAGUGGGUAGCAGAGCAUAUCUGCGCCGAAGCAGACAACCGGACCAUUCUUCGCGGUCGGAUUGCUAUCGUCCGUGUUGGACAACUCGCUGGAGACUCGUUGUCAGGGGUAUGGAACACCAAAGAAGCAUGGCCAAUGAUGUUGAGUACUGCAAACAUCAUCAGGUGCCUGCCUGAUCUGGGUGACGAGGCACUGGAUUGGCUACCUGUUGAUAUCGCGGCCCAAGCAUUCCUCGAGACGACAAGGGAAGAGAAUUGCAAUCAGGGACACAUGUCCGUCUGCCACGUGUUGAACCCACACCGCCAGCCUACUUGGCACGAGAUGCUGCUUUGGUUGAAGAAGCAGGCAGACUUUGAGAUUGUCUCACCCCAGGACUGGCUUCAGCGAUUGGAGGACAGCGAUACCGAGCAUCCUGCGAAGAAAUUGCUGGGUCUGUGGAAGGAAGCUUACGGCAAUGGUGUUCAGGAACCUUCAUCUCAAAGACCGCAAUUUGCUAUGACAGGGAGCAAAAAGCGCGCGCCGAGCCUGAGGGAUGUAAAGCCGCUUGACGAGUCAUAUAUGCAGAGGGUGUGGGAGUGGGUGCAAGCGAAUGUGCGCUGA